AUGGAUAAAGACCUCAAGCCCAUUACCACCAUGCCGACGAACUCAACCGUCGGGAUGGGUGAGUUUGUUGAAGAUACAGCUAGCGGUCGCAAACCCACCGCUACCUUGGAUGGUGAUGAUGAGAAGCAUUCGGAGGAACUGGGUUCUCCUCCACUCGGGAUCGUGUAUAGCUCCAAGGAAGACGCGAGGGUCCGAUGGAAGCUUGACCUGAUUCUACUGCCUUUGAUGGCGUGCACAUACGUCCUAAACUACAUGGACAAAGUCGCCUUGUCCGAAGCCUCCAUCUUUGGCAUUAAAGAAGAUCUGAACCUCGUCGGACAACAGUAUAGCUGGUCAUCCUCAAUUUUCUACCUGGGCUACCUGGUCUGGCAAUAUCCCAGCUCUCUCUUGAUGCAGAAGCUUCCCAUUGGUCGGUACUUUGGCGUGAUGAUCUUCCUAUGGGGCCUCACCGCAUGCACAACGGCAUUCACAAAAGACUUUGCAACACUCUGCGUCAACCGCGUCUUUCUCGGUGUUUUCGAAUCCUGCAUGUCACCCAUUCUUACGAUCCUCAUCUCGCAGUACUGGACACGAGAGGAGCAGCCCCUUCGCACAUCGCUAUGGUGGUCCGCCAGCGCUGUCGGUUCUUUCAUGGCCGAUGCCAUAACAUACGGCCUCUCGGGUAGAGAUCAUUCGGGGUCUAAGUAUGCCGUCUGGCAAGUCGUUUACCUCGUCUUCGGGCCGAUGACAAUGUUUUGGGGUGUUGUUGUCUUUUUUGGUGUCCCGGCAUCGCCUCUGACCGCAUGGUUCUUCAGCAAGAGGGAGCGGGAUAUCGCUACUGAUAGGGUCUUGAAAAAUCACACCGGCAUUAAAAACACUGAGUAUAAAUGGAACCAGGUCCGGGAAUGCCUGAUGGAUCCCCAGCCGUGGAUACUAGCGAUACACGCCUUUCUUCAAUGCCUGCAGGGAGGCGGUCUAACAUCGUUCUCUAAAAUUGUGUUGACUCAGACCCUCGGCUACUCGAGUCGCCAAGCCACUUUGAUGGGCAUGCCGUCCAACACCAUCCACCUCGUCUCGGUGGUCUUUGCUGGCUGGUUUUGCACUCGUUUCAAGAAUACGAGGUGCUACGUCAUGAUCGCAACGAACGUGAUUGUCUUGAUAGGAGCGGUGUUGGUAGACAACCUCCCACAAUCCAACCAUAAAGGUCGACUUGCGUCUUUCUACAUUAUCUAUGUGAAUACCGUCCCUUUCGGACUUGGCAUGAGCAUGCUCUCCUCGAAUAUCGCAGGAUUUACCAAGAAGUCCACCGCGAGCGUCAUGAUGUUCCUGGGCUACUGUCUUGGCCAAUUCACCGGCCCUCAAUUCUUCAUCGCGCACGAGGCCCCACAGUUCCAGACUGCUUUCAAAGGCUUCUACUCCUCAGUCUCUGUCAUGAUUGGUUUGGAAAUCAUUUUGCUCAUCUACAUCAGGUAUCAGAACCAUCGUCGGGGUCGCCGUGAGGUUCAAGAAAUCUGUAACGUAAACAUUUCUAGGGAUGAUUUAGAUCUUACGGAUUGGCAGCAAGGCUCGUUCAGGUAUGUUUGGUGAGCCUUGGUGGAAAAGGUGCGAAGUGAUGAACAUCCAUGUGAUCGCGAGUCACGAUUCGAAGGCUUGCUAUCCUGUUCGCUUGCUCUUAAAUUCUG